AUGGCAAGUAUCCGUGAGACAGUGGACAUAAGCAAGAUCGAGGCCCCCAUUACCUGGAAGGCGUAUGUUGUUUGCGCUUCAGCUGCUUUUGGUGGUGUUUUCUUUGGCUACGACAUCGGAUGGAUGUCUGGAGUGCUCGGCAUGCCGUUUGUUAUCCAGCAAUAUACCGGCAAGGAGUACGACUUUGCCGCCGGAGCCCCAGUGGACUCCUCUCGUCCAUUCGCCAUCCCAUCUUCUGACAAGUCACUCAUGACCUCAAUACUGUCUCUUGGGACUUUUAUUGGUGCUAUUAUUGCCGGUGACCUGGCUGACCUAUGGGGCCGACGCAUCACCAUCCUCAUCGGCUGCGCCAUCUUCAGCUGUGGCGUCAUUAUUCAAAUCGCUAGCAGUGGCCAGCUGGCAGUCAUGACUGUCGGGCGCCUGGGAGCUGGUUUGGGUGUUGGUUUCGAAUCUGCGGUCAUCAUCCUCUACAUAUCUGAGGUUUCGCCCAAGAAGAUCCGUGGCGCUGUUGUUUCUGCCUAUCAAUUCUCCAUCACGAUUGGGAUGCUAAUAGCAAACUGCGUGGUUUACGGGAGCCAGGACAGAAACGAUACUGGCUCUUACCGUAUCCCAGUCGGAAUUCAAUUUGCCUGGGCCGCUAUACUUGCCACCGCUUUGUCCCUCCUGCCUGAAUCCGCCCGAUACUUUGUUAAGAAAGGCAAGCUGGACGACGCAGCCAAGUCUCUCUCUUUCAUUCGAGAGCAGCCUGUCACCUCCGAAUACAUUCGUAAUGAGCUUGCAGAGAUCGUGGCCAAUCAUGAGUACGAGUCUCUUGUCAGUCCUGAGAAAGGGUAUAUCAACUCCUGGUUGGUCUGCUUCAAGGGUCCAAUCACCAAGCCCAGCUCCAACAUCAGAAGAACUAUUGUUGGAGCGGGAAUUCAGGGGAUGCAGCAACUGUCCGGGAUGAACUUCAUCUUCUACUACGGAACCACAUUCUUCCAGCAGCUUGGAACGAUUUCCGACCCGUUCCUCAUCUCGCUGGUUACCACUCUGGUCAACGUUGUGUGCACUCCCCUCGCUUUCUGGACGAUCGAGCGCUUCGGACGCCGACCAUUGCUGGUGUACGGCGGCUUCAGCAUGUUCCUCAUGCAGUAUAUUAUCGGCGCCGUUGGGACGGCCCAGCCGGAGAAUGGAACAGCAGUCAGGGGUAUGAUUGCCGUCAUCUGUUUCCAGAUCUUCUUUUAUGCCACAACCUGGGGUCCGGCAGCGUGGGUGGUUGUGGGAGAGACCUUCUCGCUUCCGAUCCGCUCCCGUGGGGUGGCUAUCUCUACGGCCUCGUGUUGGUUCUGGAACUGUGUGCUUGCUGUCAUUGCACCGUAUAUGACUGGUGACGAGAAGGGCGCGGUCAACCUUGGACCCAAGGUGUUCUUCUUCUGGGGUGCGCUCUGCUUCCUGGGGGCAGUGUUUUCUUAUUUCCUUGUUCCGGAAAUGAAAGGCCUGUCUCUCGAGCAAAUCGAUCGCAUGCUGGAAGAGACCAACCCUAGAAACAGUGCCCAGUGGGCACCUACGACGACAUUCACCCAGAAAAGUGGUCUCGUGGGCAAGUCGGAAGUCGUCCGUGUGGAGGAUAACAAGGAUCGAGAGCUCUAG